CGAAGAGCCCUAAAAAAGCUUUUGGAAUAUGUCGGCGCUCUUCAACUUCCAAUCGUUCCUCACAGUGGCGCUCCUGGUGAUCUGUACGUGCACAUUUGUCAAGCUCCAGUUCCCGAGCUUCAUGAAUCGAAAGACUGGAUUUCGAGGAGUUUUCUGGAAAGCAGCUCGGAUCGGCGAGCGAUUGAGCCCUUGGGUAGCAGCAGCGUGUCUGGUAAUGGGAUUAUACAUGCUAGUCUUUUAGAUGAAAUUUUUUCUUUGGAGCAAAGCUAGAACACCUUAAAGAUUUCCAGCCGAGGAUUUUCACAAGAGCUUCCUUCUAUCAGGUAUCAAACUCUUGUUCUUCUCCAUUCUAUCGAGAACAAACUCUUCUUUCAGCUUGCCUCCGAGAUUUUCACUCCGGAUGAGACUGUGGCUUGAUCAAGCCCGUGAAGAGCGUCGAUAAGUUGGAGCCGGAGAGAGGCCGGGCCGCUUGCCUUGCUCAUGCCGAUCUCUCCGGCCAGGCCGAAGAGCGCUAGAGCAAACGCGCAAGCCUCUAGGUGCUGCUCGCGGGGGUAGACCGCUGCAAACGCGGCGAUGAGAGCCGUGACCGAGCAGCCAGACGCAGUGAUCUUCUGGAGCAUCGGCACUCCAUUGCUCACGCUCACCACUCUCGUCCCGUCCGUGACCAAGUCCACCGCUCCAGAGACCGCGACGACGCAGUGAUACUUCUCCGCCAGCGAUUUUGCUGCUCCGAGAGCCUGGGACGGAUCAUGGGCACUGUCCACUCCCUGUGCAUUGAUCGAACGAAGAGAAAAAACGAUUUUUUAGAAGAA